AUGGGGCAGCCCUGGGCGGCGGGGAGCGCGGAGGGGGCGCCCGCGCGGCUGCCCCUCGUGCUCACUGCGCUGUGGGCCACGGCUGUGGGCUUGGAGCUGGCCUAUGUGCUAGUUCUGGGUCCCGGGCCACCCCCGCUGGGACCCCUGGCUCGGGCCUUGCAGCUAGUGCUGGCCGCCUUCCAGCUGCUCAACCUGCUGGGCAACGUGGGGCUCUUCCUGCGCUCCGAUCCCAGCAUCCGGGGCGUGAUGCUGGCCGGCCGCGGUCUGGGCCAGGGCUGGGCUUACUGCUACCAGUGCCAAAGCCAGGUGCCACCACGCAGCGGGCAUUGCUCCGCCUGCCGCGUCUGCAUCCUUCGUCGGGAUCACCACUGUCGCCUGCUGGGCCGCUGCGUGGGAUUCCGCAACUACCGGCCCUUCCUGUGCCUGUUGCUUCAUGCUGCGGGCGUCCUGCUCCAUGUCUCUGUGCUGCUGGGUCCCGCCCUGUCGGCCCUCCUGCGAGCCCAUGCACCCCUCCACAUCGCGGCCCUCCUCCUGCUGCCCUGGCUCAUGCUGCUCACAGGCAGAGUGUCUCUGGCGCAGUUUGCCUUGGCCUUUGUGACCGACACGUGUGUGGCAGGUGCACUGUUGUGCGGGGCUGGGCUGCUCUUCCAUGGGAUGCUGUUGCUGCGGGGCCAGACCACGUGGGAGUGGGCUCGGGGCCAACACUCUUAUGAUCUGGGCCCUUGCCACAACCUGCAGGCGGCCCUGGGGCCCCGCUGGGUCCUCGUCUGGCUCUGGCCCUUCCUGGCCUCCCCCUUGCCUGGAGACGGGAUCACCUUCCAGACUGCAGCUGAUGUGGGCCUCACAGCCUCCUGA